AUGUUAUUAAAAUUUUUACAUUCAAUUUUUAUUAUCAUUUUCCUUUGCAAUAAUUACAUUGAAGCUAAAGAAUUGAUAACAUGGAAAGAAUUCAAAGAUUCAUUGACGGCAAAUCAAUAUCCGGAACCGACAGUUGAAAAAUAUGAAACAGUUUUACGUUUAGCUAAAGAUUUUGAUAUUACAAGUAAACUUGAAUUGGCAAUGUUUUUAGCACAAGUUUAUUGGGAAUCUGUUGGUCUUCAGCAUACGAAAGAGAUUGCCUGUGUAAAGACACAAUGUCCAAAUAAUUAUCGUACUGGACGUGAAAAAGAUGGACUUUAUUAUUAUGGCCGUGGUUAUAUACAAUUAACAUGGUUAGAAAAUUAUGCAAAUUGUUCAUCAGAUCUAUAUGGUGAUAUGCGAUUAGUGGAUAAUCCAAAUCUUGUUUCCGAUACCGAAGAAGGUGCAUGGGGUUCUGCAUUCUGGUAUUGGGAUAAAUAUGUUCAUGAUAUUCCUGAGAUUAAAGAUGGACAAUUCGGUCACACAACAAUGGCUAUAAAUGGUCCAUUAGAAUGUAAAGGACCAUAUAAGAUGAAAGCAUUUAAACGUUUUGUUAUCUAUUCAAAAAUAUAUGAAAUAUUUAAACUAUCGAAACCAUUGCCCAAACAAAAUGGAUGUUAUCCAAUGAAUUAUAAUGAAAAUGUUGAUGAAGAUACACCAUUUUUUGCCAUAUGUAAACCAACCGGAUUUUAUCAACGACAGGCUGGAAUGUAUCAUUGGUGUAAUGAUAAUUGUAAUGCCGAAGAUCCAAAUUGUCCGAAUGAUAUGUGUAAAUGUCCCAAUGAUUUACAUCUUUAUCAUAUGAUGAUGAAAGAGAAAAAAUCAGCAAAAACAUCUACUACAACAAUGAAACCUUAAUCAUUGGAUUAUGUUUUUUAUUAAAGAAAAGAAAAAUUUAAUAAAUAAAAAUUUUCAAAUUUGUAAAAACCAAGGCAAAGUGUAUAAAUAUUGCACAUGCUCAAUGGGUCAUCAGCU